AUGAAUGACCUUCGCACAUCAGUGCAGUUCAUGUCGGACAAAAUCGACUCCUCAAAUAAAUUAAUGCAUGAUAUUAAACAAGAAAUGAGUACACUCAGGAAAGAAAAUGAAGAACUUAGGCUUAAAAAUCAUAACCUAACCUCUGAUGUACGUAACCUGAGGGAGAGAGUACGGGCGCUGGAACAGUACACGCGAAAAAAUAACCUAGAAAUAAGUGGGGUACCAGAAACUCCUAAUGAAGACACAAUAUGCCUUCUAAAGGACAUUGCUAAAAUUAUUGGAGUUGAAGUAGAUGUAACCCACUUAAAUGCUGCACACCGUAUUCCUUCCUUCAAUAAGCGUCAACCACCACCCAUAAUUGUACAGUUCCAACAAAGAAUAAUAAAAGAUAUGUGGUUAAAGAAAUUCAAGGAAACACGAAACCUAAGUGCCAAGCAAGUAAACCCCGCAUAUCCAGACCAACGAGUAUACAUCAGUGACCACCUUUCUCCGGAAAACAAGCAAUUUCUAACAAAGCUAAAGGCAAAAUGCAGUGAAGUGGGCUACAAGUUCGCAUGGACCAGAGAUGGUAAAUUCUUUGUGAGAAAGGAUGAAGGGGACAAAUGUCAAAAAAUUGAUACUGUUGAGGACCUUGAGAAGUUGAAAUAA